AUGCCCAUCUACACGACUGUGAUUGCCAAUGCUCAACCCCCCAUCUAUCAUCUACUCAACCCUUCAGAUCCUCGCCCUUCACCAUCCCAAUCCCAAUCCCAAUUCCUGCUCACCGUUUGUCUUGCGCACAACGAUCGGCAUGGCGAUAACCGUAUUCUGGAGAGGCUGGUGGGAACCGCUGGACUGGAAUUCGAGAAGUUCCUGGUGGGCUUAUCAUUCUAUUGGCCGGUACUACUGUCCCUCGCCGUACCACGGCCACUUCUGAGUAUAUCCCACACACUGCUCGACUUCAAAGACAAAUUCGGGGAUGCUCAUCAAAGUGAGACUACCCCGCUUCUCGCAGUCUUCUUCAACAGCGUCUUUGGCUGCUUUCCAGACUUUUGCCGGGAUCACUGCGUCUUCUGCCACCAGAAGUCCUUCCAAGUUCUUUCGAUUCGACUGCAGGUUAUCUUUGGCAGUUUGAAGAAGUUUUCCAAGUAA